UAGCCUGGGAAUCCCCAAAUUCUCACACACACAUUCUUCCACUCCCGCUUUUCUCACCCAAACUUUCCCAACCCUAGCCCUAAUUAAUCAUAAUAACGGCUUUGAUGAUGGGUUUGCAAUCGCUCUAGCGAUAUCUCCGAUUCUCAACAAUCGAUCUCUGAUCUGCUUCGCCGUUCUCCGAAAUCGCUUCAGGGUUUUCCGGCUCUACGACAAGGAGGAGGAGAAGUUGUUCGCGAUUAUCGAUUGAAGGUUCUUUCGCCGUCGAUCAGAGGGGUUUGCUCCGGAUCCGAUCGCAUAGUCACCUCCUGGCUUGUCUGGUCGAGUUUGAUUAUUGAAGAACAAAUCUUGUUGUUCCCCUUCGAUUCGAUUGCGCCACUCAGCCCUAACUGUGCUGUGGCUUCUUUCGGCUUCUAAUUUGAGAGGGCUUUGCUUCGCCGGAUUUGGAUUCGCCUGAUUUGCACUGCCUCCGAUCGUUCUGAUAACGAUCUCGUGGCUCUGAUUUGUGACCUUUUUGUUCGAGUCACUGGAGGGAAUUUGAGUUCUCUGGAUUUUGGUCGCGCUUGGAUUUUGUAACGAAGACGAAGACUCGACAUCUGGCUUCUCGUGAAGAAAUCUAGUAGUGUUUCUCAUCUUGGUGUCGGUUCGAUUUGUUCGAUCUUAAACUUAGUAAUUUGCAAGUAGAGGAAAAGAAAAGAGAAAAGGAAUUGUACUGUUUGAUUUGUUUUUAGUUUUAAUAACAGGGCCUUUUUUUUAAUUUCAUAGACCCUUGGAUUAUCGUGUUUUGUUAUUUUAUUUUUUUGAGAGUUAAUCUUUUUUAUAUACAGAAAGAGAAAUAUACCAUGGCGGUGUAUUAUAAAUUUAAGAGUGCAAGAGAUUAUGAUUCAAUUCCCAUGGACGGUCCUUUCAUCUCUGUUGGUACAUUGAAAGAAAAAAUAUUUGAAUUCAAGCAUUUAGCCAAGGGUACUGAUUUCGACCUCCUGGUCACCAACGCCCAGACCAAUGAAGAAUAUCUUGAUGAAGAAAUGUUGAUUCCUAAAAAUACCUCAGUGUUAAUCCGUCGGGUUCCUGGACAGCCACGUUUACCAAUUCUUACUAAAAUAGAGCAAAAGGAGGAAAAUAAGGUGGUGGAAACUGAACCUGAAAACAGUAGCUUACCAGCUGAUGAUACAUCUGCCAUGAAAUUUCCUGAAGAUACCGAUUGGGAUGAAUUUGGCAAUGAUUUGUAUACAAUUCCUGAUCAACUUCCUGUUCAGUCAAGCAACUUAAUUCCUGAGGCUCCUCCAACUAACAAAGCUGAUGAAGACAGUAAGAUUAAGGCUUUGAUUGAUACUCCAGCCUUGGAUUGGCAACGUCAAGGUUCGGACUUUGGCACUGGUAGAGGUUUUGGAAGGGGUAUGGGUGGUCGGAUGGGUGGUGGACGUGGUUUUGGAUUGGAGCGGAAAACACCUCCACAAGGCUAUGUAUGUCACAGAUGCAAGGUGCCUGGACACUUUAUUCAGCACUGCCCAACAAAUGGUGAUCCAAAUUAUGACAUCAAAAGAGUCAAGCAACCUACUGGUAUUCCAAGAUCCAUGCUGAUGGUAAAUCCACAAGGUUCAUAUGCUUUACCAAAUGGUUCAGUUGCUGUCUUGAAGCCAAAUGAGGCUGCUUUUGAGAAAGAAAUAGAAGGGUUGCCAUCAACAACGCGUUCUGUUGGGGAUCUGCCACCUGAGCUCCAUUGCCCCUUGUGCCAGGAUGUCAUGAAAGAUGCUGUACUGACAAGCAAGUGUUGUUUUAAAAGUUUCUGCGACAAAUGUAUUAGGGACUAUAUUAUCUCCAAGUCUGUGUGUGUCUGUGGUGUAACAAAUAUUCUUGCAGAUGAUCUUUUACCAAAUAAGACACUAAGAGAUGCCAUUAAUCGUAUAUUGGAGUCAGGCAAUAGCAGUGCUGAAAAUGCUGGGAGCACUUUUCAAGUUCAAGAUAUGGAGUCUGCUCGCUGUCCACAGCCUAAGAUUCCAUCUCCAACCUUAUCUGCUGCGUCUAAGGGAGAACCAAAGGUUUCGCCUGUUAAUGAAGGAACAAUGAAUAUACAGGAAACAGAUGAUGAUCGAAAGGCUGUUUCUGCUCCACAGCAGACAUCAGAUCAAGUAAGGAUCCCCAGAGCUGCAGAUGUAUCUGAAGCUACUCAUGAGUCAAUGAGUGUGAAGGCACCAGUCUCACAAGGGUGCGCUCAGCUGGUUGAGGAAGAAGUGCAACAAAAAUUGGUUCCUACCGAGGCAGGAAAGAAAAAGAAAAAGAAGAAAGUCCGUAUGCCCACAAAUGAUUUGCAGUGGAAAAACCCGCAUGACCUUGGGGCUGAGAACUAUAUGAUGCCAAUGGGCCCACCUCCUGGCUAUAAUUCAUAUUGGAAUGGCAUGCAACCUUGUAUGGAUGGAUAUAUGGCACCUUAUCCUGGUCCAAUGCAAAUGAUGGGUUAUGGUUUUGGCCCCUUGGACAUGCCAUUUGCAAGUGGUAUGCCUCAAGAUCCAUUUGCCAUGCAAGGUUACAUGAUGCCUGCUAUCCCACCUCAUAGGGAUCUUGCUGAUUUCACUAUGGGGAUGAAUGUUCCACCUCCAGCUAUGAGUAGAGAGGAGUUUGAAGCUCGGAAAGCUUCUAUGAGGAGGAAGCGUGAAAAUGAGAGACGGAGUGAAAGGGACUUCUCCAAAGAUCGAGAGUUUGGUAGGGAAGUGAGCAGUGUUGGGGAUGUUUCUUCGAUGAAAUCAAAAACUAAGUCAAUUCCACCAUCGUCGGGAAGCGAGUACCAUCCGCACCGUCACCGUCCGGAAAGGUUGUCUCCAGAUCGAUCUCCGCGAGAGUUGGAACAACCUCCGCGCCCGGCCAAAAGAAAGUCAGAAAACCACUCCGAUCGUGACCGUGAAGAAAGGGAUCGCGACUACGAGCAUGAACGGCACUACCAUCACCGCCAUCACCGAUCAGAAUCCUCAUCCAGAAUGUCAUCCGAACCGGUGACCAAAACCUCAUCCAACGCAGCAACAGCUGCUGCGGCGGCGGCAGCGGCAGCAGCUGCGGAUCGCAAGCAGAAGGCCAGCGUCUUCUCCCGCAUAAGCUUCCCGGCCGAGGAGGAAGUCACUAAGAAGAGAAAGGUCUCCGGUUCUUCUACAACGGAAGCAGCCGCAGUCAAUGCCAGUGGCAGUGGCAGUGCCUCGGCGGCGUCUUCUGCGCACAACAAGGCAGUCUCGAACGGCUAUUACGAAGGGAGGAAGCGUAACGCCGCGGCGGAUUAUGAAUCCAGCGACGAUGAGCGGCAUUUCAAACGGAGGCCGUCCAGGUACGAGCCGUCUCCUCCGCCGCAGGCCGCGGACUGGGAGGAGGAAGGAAGGCAUUCGAGAGGAACGAGGGAGCGCAAGCAUAGGUGAGAUUUUUGGAAGAGUUGUUGUAGCCAUUUGCCAUUUGCCAACCAGCAGAGGAAAUCUUAAUUGCAACUGCAACUGCAACUGGUGCUGUGCUGUGCUGUGACCAACUGGAUUAGAUUACUCGUAAUGUAAUCAUCAUCAUCGACUGAACUGAAACUCCUCUCCUCUCCCUUCCAGAGCUUUAAAUAAACUUUUUGGAAGGAAUUUCCCUGUAACUUGUGAUUCCAUCAAUUUUCAAUAAUUUCGACAUGUAAAAUUAUGACUGUUUUCUUCAAAUUCAAUCAAUCCAGUUUAAUGUUUU